UUGUUAAGGAGAGCACUAUGAAAUUAUUCCUAUUUUUAUAGAAUUAUCAACAAUACAAUCAAACGUCGCGGUAGAAAAAAAGUAAAAAAAGAAGGAAAGAAAUAUUCAUCAAAAUAAAAUAUACUAAUCGAUCGACGACAAGUCAAUGUUAACAGGCAUAAAAUCAUAUUCUUCACAUGAGUAUACAACCCAAAGACAUAGCGUGCAUUCAGAUCUGUUGCGACAAUCGCAAUAUUCGCAAUGAAAAUAAUUCCUCUUGACUGUUUAAAAAUUUAAUCUUAUGAGAGACGUAUUUCGUCACAGAGUGAAAUAUUUCGACAAAUUAAUUUUAAAACGUGUACAUCUAUUUAAUCUCAAAAAUAGUUCAACAUAUACGAAAAAAAGAAAAGAAAAAGAAAAAGAAAAAGAAAAAGAAAAAUGGCUUUCGUUGGGGGAUUAAAGACGCUUGUCGUUCUUUUGCUACUUCCGAAAGUCGGGAAAUUGUAUGAAUUAUUGUUUAUCAGCGACGAAAGUGUUCCUUUAAUCAUUGACAUUUGUAAAUCAUACAAAACUAAAUCGAUAAUAUUCUUAUAUGGGGAAUCGAUAAAAGAAAUGGAAAUGACAAUGAUGAUAUUCAAAUGGACGCGUGCACUUUCUCGUGAAGGUUUUACGACCUCGAAUUUGUACUUUUCUCAAUUGCACGAAUCAUCGUACUACGUAAAACGAAUCGUUCGACCGCAUUACAUCGCAGUUAUAUCUAAUUACGACGCUAUCAAUGAGUUCUCCUUAGCGACCAAUACAUACGAUAUGACUUUUGCUGCCUGGCUAGUAUUAUUUAUUUACAAGGGACGCGGUUUCGAUUAUUGUUAUAAUCCACCAGGUAACAUAUUUCAUUUGAAAUUCAAUACGGAAAUGUUGGUCCGUUGCGGUACGGAAAAUAUUUUACGUGAGUGGUAUUCGAUCUAUAAAAAUCGAACCGAGAUCAAUGAUUUUGCAACUUGGAAUUUAGAGAAAGGAAUCAUUAAAGUGGUUCCGAAAUCUCUUUACGACAGGAGAUAUAAUCUGCAGGGUUUGACCGUAAGGGCCGUUAUAGUCAAGGAAUCAUCGUUCGUAAAUAUUAAUGAGAAUGACGAAUUAGAGGGAAUGUUCGGCAGAAUAUUAAAAGAACUUUGCGUAAGUCUUAAUUUUAGUUUAAAGGUUGUCUCGAAAGUAGACGAGUAUGGAAGAUGGAAUCCGAAUGAUAAUACUUGGUCAGGAGCAAUCGGAGAAAUAUAUGCCGGACGUGCUGACAUUUCUAUAUCAGAUUUUUCUAUGACUAGUGCAAGAUUGAAUGUCGUAGAUUUCACCUUUCCACUUGUUUCCUCGAAAAAUUGUAUUUUCAUUAAAGAACCAAACAAAUUCGCAAUCAAAUGGUCAUCCUAUUUUCAAACUUUGUCCCAUUCCGUUUGGAUUGCCAAGUUUGGAGUAUUAGUUUUUGCAACGAUAGUAUUAGUUUUUCUCAAAAUAAAAAUUGGUACGGAUCGUAACAUUGGACAGUUAUUGUCCGAUAAUUUUCUUGAGAUUUGGGGUAUAUUCUGUCAACAGGGCCUGGCAGACUUUCCAGAUAGAUCAUCGUUAAGAAUAGCAUACCUCUCUAUGUUUCUUUCGGCUGUUGUUUUAUCGGCCGCUUAUUCCGCCGCUUUGAUAAGCUUUUUAACGUCUGCUAUCCCCGUCUUACCCUUUCACUCGUUAGAGAGCUUAGUUGAAGACGGUACUUAUCAAUUUGCUGUCCUUCGUGGUACGGCUGAUUACGAUAUAGUUGCAAAUGCGAGAGAUCCACUUGCAAAGAAAUUGAUGAAAUUAAUGCCGGAAGAAAAAAAAUUGCCAUUAACUAUCAAGGAAGGGUUUGGAAGAAUUUGUGAAAAUCAAAAAAUUGCACUGUACACGUCAAUUGCGAAAAAGGAAGCUAUUAGAUUUAAAACACCAUGCAAUGUGGUUCCUAUUAGUGCAGGACGUAUAGAAAGUUUAGCUAUUAUAUUAUCUAAGCACAAUCCGUUCACUGACGUUAUCAAUUUUCAGAGGAUUUCGUUGCAGACUAGUGUAAGCUAUUUGACGUCCACUAUUCGCAAAUUAUCCUUUUGAUCAUUAGAGAACUUCGUUGAAGAUAGUACUAAACUUUCCGUCACUAGUGAUACGGCUAAAUAUGAUCUAUUUGCAAAUUCGGGAGAUCUGCUUGCAAAGAAAUUGAUAAAGUUGAUGCUGAGGAGGAAGAAUUGACAAUAAAUGUACUGGAA